GUGGUCUUAUUAUACUAAUUAUUCAUUCAUCUGAGGCACGACGGCGUUGCCAACAGUUAGUACAGUCACCGGUGGGCUUGCGUAUGAUGCGCUGUACUGAUUUGACGCGUUCGCGUCCGCAGACCGUGCCAAACCCGAUUUUUUCAGCUCCCAAAAAUCACAAACGCCGUCGCCGCGAUACAGACCCCGCCAACGCAAAAUGAUCCUUACAACCUGCGCCGCCUGCGCCGCCCCACUGGCCCACAACGCGCCGCGAUGCGUUAGAUGUAAGACCAGGUACUGUGAUGCCACUUGCCAGCAUGACCACUGGCGCCGCGGCCACAAGCAGAUCUGUAAAAGAACACACCGCGGCGGCAACGCGGAGCAAUAUCACGCCGACAAAAAAUACAAGGAGGCCGUCGCGGAGGCGGUCGAGGCGUGCGCGGACGACACGAAGGGCCAGACCUGCUACAUCUGCACGCAGGCCCUCCACUGGAAAACGAAGGAGGGACUCGUGCGCGGGUGCGCGUGCCGCGGAACGGCGGGUUUCGCGCAUGUGUCGUGCUUGGCGGAGCAGGCGAAGAUUUUGGUCGCGGAGGGCGAGGAGAACAAUUUGUACGGCAAGGUACUAGCUGAGAGGUGGAGGCGGUGGCACAAUUGUAGCCUAUGCAAACAGCAGCACCACGGCGUCGUGUUUUGCGCGCUCGGGUGGGCGUGCUGGAAGACGUACGUGGGCCGGCCGGAGACGGACUGGACUCGGCGCACUGCGAUGAACCUGCUUGGGAGCGGUUUACACUCUGCAAAGCACUACGAGGAAGCAUUAUCCGUGAAAGAGACCGAGCUUUCUACCAUGCGGCGCAUUGGCGAAUCAGAAGAAAACAUUCUCGUCUCGCAGAAUAAUCUCGCUAACACGUAUCACGAACUCGGACGGUUUGAACAGGCCCUAUCGAUGCAGCGAGAUGUAUACUCUGGAACUUUGAAGCAAUACGGCGAAGAACAUGAAGAAAGCUUGAUUUCGGCCGUAAAUCUCUCAACGGCCCUCGUCGACACCGGAAAUUAUGCCGAAGCCAGGGCCUUCAUGCCCGACCAGGUGGCACUGACCAAGCGCGUACUUGGAUCUGAUCAUAUAAUCACGCUCGACUUCCAGUGGGGUUGGGCUAGAGCCUUUACAAGAGACGUGGACGUGACCGCCGAGCAGCUAGCCGAGGCGGUGGCCAACCUCGAGAAAGCCGUCAAGAUCGCGCAGCGAGUCCUCGGAAGCGAGCAUCCAAGCACUCGUAAUUAUCACCGCGAGCUUGCGGCUGCAAGAAAAUCGAUUGCGCGUCGUAGAGGGGCAUAAGUAAAUACAGAGAAUC